CCGGAAAGCACGCGCCACGCGCCGUUUUCGUUUGCGGCAACUCUUCCACCCUGAGCAACUCGUUAGCGGCAAAGAAGACGCUGCCAACAACUUCACUCGUGGUCAUUAUACCACGUAGAUUCAAUCGCGCAAAGAGAAUCUCCUUGAACUGUCGACGAAUGAUACAAUUACAAGCAAUUAGGGAAAAUUUUGCUCUUCAACUUUUAAAAAAUGCUGCACUAACGGAUCACGUUGAUGCCAAGUACAUGUAUUGCAUGCUGUUGAUGGUUAGUGAAGAUAAGGAGCAACGAAGAUCAGCAUUGGUACAACGUUGUAAAGAGAGUGGAAAUGUAGAAGUUUCUUACCGUGAAGGGAUGGUUCAGUUCUUCAGUUCAGCGAUGCCAAACUUGGGCUUUGAGAAAUUGAAGAAGGCAGCCAUGGACGGUCAUCGUGAAGCCAAAUACGUCUACUCCAUGCUUCUGAUAUGCCGUGAAAAUGAAGAAGAAAGAAAGGAGGGAUUCCAACACUUCUACUCCUUGAGAAGGUCGACCUCUGUUACAAGGUGCAGAAAGAGAGUGAAAUUAUUCAGCCUAAGUAUCUGGAAGAAUAAUCCUCUUCUUCCAAAUCAAAACCCACCUUUAUGCCCUCUCAACACUUGUGCUUCCAAGCUCCGGAACCCGUUUGAGGAUGAAGCCGAUGGGAUUUUGUGUGAAUAUUGUCACGGAAAUCGUGAGCUGGCAUUCUCCUAAUGGAGAUCUGUUAGUUGGCAUUCGUGUCCUGGGUGGCUGUGGCCGUGGAAGAGGUAUAUCCAGAAGUAAUAACAUCAUGGAUCUGAAGAUUUUAAUUGGCAGUAGAUGUCGAUAUUAACAAAUCGAAUAUCAUGCGACUACUGAAUUUGAAGGUGGUGAAUAAAGAUUGUUGGUUCCCCAGAAUACAGAGAAGCUUUUGAAUGAAUAUUAUAUUUUUGUUCAUUCAGAUUUUUCUUCUCUCUUUGUGUGUUUUUCUCCGUUCAAAAUUGGAAGUGCUUCUACUGACAUUUGA